GCAGCCCCUCCUGUCGCGGCCCCUGAAGUUUGCUCCGGGCCGCCUCUCCGUGGCUCUCCAUGCCCGCCGGGGCGACUGCCAUCGGGAUGACGGCCGCCUGCACCCGGACAGCUACUACCUGCACAUCGUGGAGCUGAUCCGGAGGCACGCGCCGACGGCCGACGUCCACCUGUGGAGCAGCGUGAGAAAUUUGCCGUCGCAGCAGGAGGACUACUGGACCUCAGCCGACUUUGACGUCUAUCGCCAGAGCGGGAUGCUGGUGCACUUGGACGAGGACCCCCUCAUGGAGGCCUGGGCGCACCUGGCCAGGGCGGACAUCUUCGUCGGCUCCAGGAGCUCCAUGUCCUACGUGCCCGCCGUCUUGAAUCAGGGAUGCUACGUCUAUCCCGGUGGCCUGGACUCCCCUCUGGACAAUUGGGUGAACGGGGAAUUGGCCGCCACCAUCGAGAGCGAGCUAGCGCGGUGUGUGGCACGUGCUGCUGGAGGCGGCCGACGGACGUGGACGUGA